AACAUUUUAGCUGACUCAUCCAGGUCUCAUGGAAGUUUGGUUCACCAUUCUUCAUUGCCAUACGUCGUAUAUCCAUCUGAAAAGCCUUUCCUUAACUGUGAUCUGCGACGCUCCCCAAACAAGCCCACAUUUGCCUAUCCGGAAAGCAACAGCAGAGAAUCUUCAAGAUAAAAUUCGACGCUUGGAACUUGAAAGAAUUCAGGCAGAAGAAAGUGUGAAAACCUUGUCUAGAGAAACAAUUGAAUAUAAGAAAGUACUGGAUGAACAGAUACAAGAAAGGGAGAAUUCAAAGAAUGAGGAGUCAAAGCACAAUCAAGAAUUGACAUCUCAGUUAUUAGCUGCUGAAAAUAAAUGUAAUCUUUUAGAAAAACAAUUGGAAUACAUGCGAAAUAUGAUAAAGCAUGCAGAAAUGGAGAGGACAUCUGUCUUAGAGAAACAGGUUUCCCUAGAAAGAGAACGGCAGCAUGAUCAAACACACGUUCAGAGCCAACUUGAAAAGCUGGAUCUUCUCGAACAGGAGUACAACAAACUUACUACAAUGCAGGCCCUUGCAGAAAAAAAGAUGCAAGAGUUGGAAGCAAAACUCCGCAAAGAAGAACAAGAGAGGAAGCGCAUGCAAGCCAAGGCAGCUGAGUUGCAGAUUGGUUUAGAAACAAAUAGACUUAUCUCUGAAGAUAAGACAACUCCAUAUGUUCCUAGUACAAGAAGAACUAAAAAAAAGAAGUCAAAACCACCAGAAAAGAAAAGUCCUCGGAACUGUUUUGGUGGACAACCACAUUACAGAUUAUGCUUGGGGGAUAUGCCAUUUGUGGCUGGGAAGUCCACGAGUCCUAGCCAUGCCGUGGUGGCCAAUGUCCAGCAUGUCUUGCAUCUGAUGAAGCAACACAGUAAAGCUCUGUGCAACGACCGCGUCAUCAGCAGCAUCCCCUUGGUGAAGCAGGCCUCCUCCUCUUCACGAGGCGGUAAAGGCAAGAAGCCCCCAGGAACGGCUCCCUCCUCCACCAGCAUCAGUGAGGAGCUGUCCGAAGUCUUGCAGACGCUGCAGGACGAAUUUGGACAAAUGAGCUUUGAUCAGCAGCAGCUUGCAAAGCUCAUCCAGGAGUCGCCGACCGUGGAGCUGAAGGACAACCUGGAACGCGAGCUGGAGGCGCUGGUGGCGAGGGUGGAGGCAAAGGCCGGCCAGAUAACGAAGGUCCGAAACUACCAAACGCAGCUGGAGAAGCAGAAGAUAGAGAAGCAGAAGGGACCAAAAGCCACCAGAAAGACUCUCGCCGAGGAGGGAAACAGCAGCAGCCGUUCUUCUGGGGUCCCACGGACCGCAAGUAAGAGAGACUUUGCCAAACUGAAACCCGGAGAAAAAAGCAGGAGAAAUCUCCAGUUACUGAAGGACAUGCAAACCAUACAGACUUCAUUACAAAGCGGUAGUGUGUGCUGGGAUUACUGACACGUUCCAGGUCAUAAAUCUUACUCCAGCAAUCUGUACCUCAUCAGUCCGCAAUUGACAAUUGACUUUCCAGGUCUCAUACUCACUUCUGUUGCACUUAAUUAAUAGCAGGUGUUAAGGGUCCAAGCUUCGAACACAGGCUGUGUAUACAGCAUGGCUAAAUGUUAAACCAUUUAAAUGGAAACCAGGGGAAUUUCAAAGCCUGAGAAGCCACACAUAACCUGUUUCUUUGAGAUGAGUUUGCUGUACUGAUAUAUUGCACUUUGUAAACAAAUUACCAAUUUUUUUACUUGUGGGAUGUGAUUUUUAAAAAUAGUUCUUUAUAUAUAAUAAAAUUAGGUUUAAAAUUUCAAAAUUUGAGGCUCUCCCUAGGCAGCAGUUGCUUGGAAGGUGCUUUUAAAUCUCCCCCUGGCAUCAAUCACUCACUUCCCCUUUCCAGAGCAACCAUUAAUAUACUUUGUUUCUACUAUUAGUGGAGGUUUUCUGUAUUUAAAUAUAUACGUAUAUUUAAGAGGAUGUUUUGUUUUGUUUUGCUUUUUGGCAUUUCAAACUCUGAUCAAUGUUAAGUGCGUUUGUAUUACUUUUUAAUCUUCUGUUAAAUUACUCAAAGACCCAAGCAAUCAUUUUAAGUCAAAUCACCUGUAAAAAUUAUAAAAGCAUUUUUUUUAAAUAUAAACAAAUGUCAAUGAAAUAAAUGAAAUUUUGAAAUAAAGUAAGAAAGAGAAAGGAGAUGUAGAGCUUAGUCAUGCCAUGCAGUUGGUAAUCAUGCUCUCCAGUCAAGGCAUCAUGGUUUUUAACUUGAAACUUAGAAAAGCCCUUGAGGGUCUGUUUCUACUGAUGGACGGCAUGCAGUAUGAACCGUACAUGUGGUUGUUAGUAAUGUAAAUCACAGUUCUGAGCAGAUCAAGACAUGCUCACAUUUUAUAAGUUUGCCACUGAAGUCAAUAAAGCACCUUUUUAAAGAAAACACUGAAACUGUCCUUAACAACCUGUUGCUGUAAAUGCAAAAGAUACAUUUCUAAAUAGGAUAUUAAUGUAUCGGUUAUGAGAAAAACAUAGUCACUAGUACAUAUUUGCUAUUCCCAGGCUUACCUAGAAGCUAAGCCCAUCCUGACUGAAUUUCCUCACGGCAUACGAUACCAAGCGUGCUAACGAACACCUGAACCACACAUGAAAGGACUGCCUCUUGCCUCCCCUAGAAUCGACUGAGAGGGAGUCCUGGGAUUAUGCCCAGCCAGCCAGCAUGAGUUGUCGUGGCUCCCUGGGCACUGGGCUCGCCAAUCCUUUCUGCAUUUAGUGUUUAAGUUAGGAUCCUUGAAUGGAUUGUGGGAUAUUUGUGAACCUCCUGAAAUUGUAUGUAAACUUGUGUUUGUGUGUGCAGUUUUCUGAUGAGUCUGUUUGUAACGUGACUGAAUUCACAACAGAGUCCACAGAUGGAAAGAAAACGAGAAUGACCGCUCUCAUGACAUGGUGAACGUUUGUGUCUCAACCACCAUUUGGCUGUUAAACUUUUGUUCUCUCCUAGUUUGAAUUUCAGGUCAUUAAAUUGUGUAAUCAUCAUUUGAA